AUGGAACCUCCGGCAAAGCGCCGCCGCAUGAGCCAGUGGCUACUGGACAAAGAAAAUGCCGACGAAGACGAUGAGCUCGCCUCUCAGCCUUUCGAGGUUGAGGCGAAGCGAGAUCCAGAUUACAAGCUUUCUGUCGAACGAGCCUACGCAGACCAGCGAUUUCAGAUUACCAUGGCGCAUAUCUUCGAAAAGUAUGGCCGUGACUUCGACGGCAUUGGCGACGAGAUCGAUCUUGUGACAGGCGAGAUUGUCGUUAACAAUGGCCAUGUUCGCAAUAUGCGCGACGAAGGAGACGUUGGAGAUGGUCUAGCAGGCGACCUCGCGGACGGGGAGGAUGACGAAGACGAAGGAAUUCUGUUGGAGGAUCUUUUUGAUGACGAGGAGGAAGAUGGAGACGAGAAUAUCAACGAUAUGGAUGACGACGAGGAAGAUCGGAUAAUACAGGGCCGCGAGGCGUCUCGCGACUCACAUUCUACAGCCCUUGUGCUGGGAUCAUCGUCAAGAAACACACUGGACGUUUCUAGAGCAGUCGCACGCAGCUCACUAUAUGCGGCGAAAGGUUUUGCGUCUCCCACGGAGCUACCCUUUGCUUCCUCUCCAUUCUCGUUCGACCGAUCACCAUUUGCCACGGAACCUUGGGGCUUCCCUGGCCAUUUCGCUGAUCCAUUAUGGGAUCAACCCGAAUUAUUUGCAGUCCAUCAGCCACAAAAGCAACAAUUACCAAUCAAACCUAGUCGAUAUAAUUUCCCUUCGCAGAGUGGCGAAAGCUCAAUCUGGGCGCCCAAUUCGAAAUUUCGAGACAAUGAAGAUGAACCCCUUCAAUCAGCAUUCACAAACACCUUUGGGAAGCACUUGCUCACAAGGAGGAAGAAAAUUAUCAGACAUCCAUUGCUGCUGCCGCCUACGAAGCCUGUGGAUGAUGAGAGCAGGAGAGGAGAGGAGGAAGAGGAGGAAGAUGAAGAUGUGAUUCUGACCGGGAAAAGAUAUAAAGAGAAGCAAACUACCGAUGACACCUCAGCAGAGCCUGCUAGGCAGAGCAGUAAUUUGCAACCAUCCAAGAGCUUAGCGAGGAAAGAGGCUGAAGAAAGGGGAGGGGAAGGAACUUCGAGUGACAGCGGCUACAAGUCCGUGGGAAGCGCUCGGAGAAGCAGGAAGAGAAAACAGAGGUCAGGCGAAGACUUGACCAGGAAUGAGGCUUCAGCUACACCCUCUGAGAGUUUAAAGAGGGCCUCUAAUCCACAACCCAACGAGCUUUCGCACAAAGUCAAAGAGCCAGACCUAAAGGCAUCGCUUAUUGAACUACCUGACGAGACCGAUGGACGAAGGCGCUCUGGACGGACGAGGAAACAGGUUGAAUUCCUGAACAAGAUUUCUUGGGCUGAAGCAUUGGCAGAGCGAAGUGCCGAGAAACACGACUUAUAUCCCAAACAUGGAGAAGCUGAGGGGCCUGAAUCGACCCCGGAAUAUGAAGAGCACCGUACCUUGUCAGAGCCAGAGACUGAUUGUAUCCCAGACUCAGCUGACGAAGAGGAGGAGGAAGAAGAAGGAGGAGAAGGAGAGGAUGGCGAUGCAAACCCCCAAAUCGAUUUGCCUAUUCCACAUGAAAGCGAAGCUCGCCAACCAGAAAUUGCUAAUCAAUCCCGUGCGCAAGUACCAGCUGGAUUUCUCCGCAAGCCUGUCGAUUCUGGUUGCAUUCUUUCGGACGACGAAGCCCCUACCUUGUUGUCCAAGCCGAGGAAAUCUGCCCCCCGACGUAUAUCAACCAGUACGCUUCCCUUGCGGGAGAUUCACGAUGUCGAGGCUAAUUCGAGAGCUGAAGCCAACUCCUCAGAUGUUGGUAAAGAAAGGUUGUCAGGCUAUUCUCUCAAAAAGCGCAUGAGCACGAAAAAUGCCAUUAUAAACUCGUCUCCCACCGCGCAUAAGGGAGGCAUUGGACGCCUUGACAUUCCAUCCGAAGAAUCCAGCGGCGAGGCACCAUCAUCCUCCUCUCCCACUCGCUUUUUGUCUCGAAACACUCUCGAGGUGUCCCUAGAUGAUACGCCUCAGACCUUAGAAACCUCAGCAAAGAAGAAGAGACGUCGCUCGAAGCCAGUAAAACAUAUAGCCGCCGUCACCGUCAUUGACGAUAGCUCUUACGAAACAUUCGACGACCUUUCUCAUACCGAAUCUUCGCCGCUCGCCAAGGCUUCUCUGCGCGUCGAGCCAGCUCUUCCAUCUCCCCGACGCACUAUCUCGCCUCCCGAGGAAGUAAAUCAGGCACUCGCACAAUCUCCCUCAAAAGGACCUUCAAAUUCUCCGUCGAAAUCCCCUUCAAAAGGAGCUUCAAAUGCUCCGUCGAAGUCCCCCACGAAGAGCCCUUCAAAACGCGAUUCGCAGUUGGCCUCCAGCAUGGAGGUCGAUAGGCCCUUGCCAUCGUUGAACAAUCCGCCUCAGACACCCCGUCGGCAUCGCUCCUUGAAAGUCCCUUCUUCUCGACAUUCUAUCCUAUCUUUGCUGUCUGAUGAUGAAGACGAGGGGAUUGACGAGCUAGGUCGCAAUUUGACUGCGGUUCCCAAGUUGCUGAGUUCCGCGACGCAGACGACUGCACGCAAAGUGUGGAAGUCCAGCACCCUUACUAGAGAGGUGUACCAUACUCCGGUCAAGAAAAGGCCGUCGGAGCCCGUCAGCCCUGGCAGCAUUAUCAAGACGCCUGGUGGCACACUGAGGGCGUGCGGGUUGGAUGGAUAUAGAUGUGGACGAGAUUUCUGUUUUACGUGUCUAUAA